UCAAGCCACUUAGGGUAAAGCAAGGAUUAUUGCAUUGUAUUACUCAGAUAGUACCUAUCAUGCUUGUGAGCAUAAAAGGGUGCCAACCCACAUCAACCAGAGGUGUCUCCUCUGUAUUCGCUCUUCCUAACGGGAUUGUGAUGGAUAAGAGGACUGAACCUACAUACGUCGAUGACCUCGACAAAUGUCCCAAGCUGUCUCCCCGCACACCCACCAGUGUCCAUGACCUUCGACCCGAUGACAUUUCUGUCACCAUGGCCCUAGGAGACUCCAUUUCAGCAGGGGCCUUUAGCCAUGGUCUCCAGGAAGACGUUCUCACCAGUUUUGCAGAGUACCGCGGCGACUCUUUUGCUAACGGAGGUAACCCAGGGGCCAUCACCAUCCCCAAUGUAAGCUUGCCCCCCACCCCUAUUCACCUCGUCUCAUCCUCCUCGGCAGCUGAUCAAAAAGUACAAUCCAAAC